GUUUGAGAAGACUGAAAAAGUCCGACCGCGCAGUAUUUAAGUUGUGCCAAAGUAAUGGCAACUGGCAGUUCGGGUGAUAGCUAUUAUUGCCACUCUUGCGAGGCUGAGGUCGUCCCAAACUUGCAGGACUUUACAUGCUCGGCAUGUCACUCAGGUUUCAUUGAAGUAAUUAGCCCAGGAAGUGGUUUAUCAUCGAAUCAAACAGAAUUAGAUGCAAUGCAGAUGAUAGGUCAGCUAUUUGGAGGUUCUCUUAGCGACAACAUUGUUCGCUAUUUCGCAGCACCUAGGGAUGACCUUAGUUCAACAGAUGAUGAGUCAUUAGAAAGGGAAAAUUUAGCCAGAAGGUCGCGACGAUCAACAAGAAAUUCAACUAAUAGGUCGACACGAGAGCGUGUGUAUACUCGUGUUCCGGAUGGUCGUCAUGCGUUUUCUACUCGCAUCCAAUUAUCAAGUGUGGAUCAUCCAUUCAGAUUGCCAUUCUUAUCAAACUUUGCGUCAGCUGAUGGAGAUAUGCAAAAUUUUGUUUUUAAUAGAGCUAUGCUUGAUCAGUUUAUCACUGUGAUAAUGAAUGAGUUACAAGUGGGUCCACCACCUGCCCCAGAAUCAGCCAUUGCAGACUUACCUACAAAUAUUUUGACUGAAGAACAAGCAUUAAAGUUAGGUAUUUGUUCAAUAUGCUUUGACGAUUUCAAAGAAUCCGAAUCAGUAAUCAGACUACCAUGUGCUCACACCUAUCAUCAAACUUGUGUUACAACAUGGUUAAAACAGAGUCCCGCCGUCCCAUCUGUUGUAACCUCUCUAAAAUCCGCUGUGAACCGACCGUAUGUUAGCAUCGCGUAUUGAGCUCGGAUCCAUGACCUUGAAAUUGCCCAAACGCUUCUGAUUGGCUCGUCCCUAAAUUAGAGUCUCGCUACUUUGCACUGUAGUUCGUCGUAUGAAUUCCGGAUGAUGUUGACGAAGUUUGUAUAUAGUGGUGAAUUCCAUUCGGUUGAUUGCUAAAUGAUUAUCUUUGGUGUCCCGACUUGGACUUACGGAAUCCAGCCUGUGUGUGAAGCAUUUACUUCUUCAUGACCGGAGUACAACAGCAACUCUCUUGAAUCUAAUCUUUCCCGCCUCACUUAGAUCCAAUUGGUCUCACUUAUUUCGAGAACCGCCAAUUUGUAUCUCCUCAUCUGCGCACCUAUUUGAUUGGUCCUCUCGGUCUACUACAUUGUCCGGAUAUUCCAUGUACUUAUAUAAAUUGUUGCUCUGGUUGUUAGAAGGGGCAUUGGCCUCGUAACAAUUGAAGAAUCACGGCUUUCAGUGUUUGGCGUCAUAAUUCUUCUGAACGAAGAUUUUUCAACUCCCAGGACGGUUUAAAUGGUAUUUCCUGCAUCUUGUAAUUCGCCAUAAAUACAACUACUCAACUUCAGUACAUGAUAUCAUCGAAGAAACAUUUUCUUCGUUUAGCGGAAAUAAAAAGAAGUGAAUAUAAAGUGGACUCAUCAUUUUUAUCGUCAAGAGUACCGUAAAGUAAUUAGAACAAACUAAAUAUUUAAACUAAUUAUCAUCAGAGAUUAAGUUAUUUUGAACAUCAUGUUCAUUAUAGACUGAAGUCAUUUGGUAAUCUGUUAAAAAUGACUGAACGCAAAGUUCUAGAUCAGACCACCUCAAUAUUUCAUAUCUGCGACAUCCUGUGAGAUAAAACUCAAGAUUGAAUGAUCUUUUACAAAUAGGAUACAUCUUUGGCUAGCCAAGUCAUCUAAUUAUCCAAGUUUUGAACUCAAUCUUUUAGUCAUAUAACAUGAUUUUGAUGUAAUAUCACUAAUAAGCUAAUGCACCUUUAAUGAAGUGAACUACCCUUCAGAUCAUGGUGUCAUACAAAAAAAUAAAAUUAAUACGUUCGAACGCUCAUCGCUUAUGAGAAAUUCAGUAUUACUAAGUUAGUCACAUAGAGAUGUUUGUUUACAUGAAGAACUGUAGUGACUUGCUGAAUAACUAUCAUAAACCAUAGUCCACCAAACAGUUGUUUUGUUAUUAUUUGAGAUUCAUUUGCAUUGUGUAUUUAGUCAAAAGCUGUGAUUUAGAACCAUAUAUCGUAAAUUGAUUAGAUUUAAAAAUUUUACCUAUUAGGUUCCUAAACAUCAACUUCAUUAUUAAGUAUUCGUCAGUAAUAUUAAGUACGUUUGGAUUCAAUCCUAUGUCAGAUAAUGUGUGCAGCUUACUAAAAACUCAAAUUAAAUGAAUCAGCUGUUAAGUGUUCACUGGUUUACAAUGGUCCUUCAGUUGAUAUCAGUCAAUGAUUAUAAAUGUCUUCAAAUUAAAAGACUAAUAUGAUGGGGAUCUUUAAACGAUUACCGAUGUGUUAGGAUAAGUUUCAAAUCAUUUCUGUCUUUUAGUUAUGAAAGAACACAAGUAAAUUAUGUAAAAAAAAAAUAUCCGUAAAACCCAAACUUGUUUGAUUACAUACUACACAGAGAGAGAAAAAAGUGUCCCAACUUAUUUCUGGUAUUAAUAGAUCAUUUCUAAUCUGAUAAAAGUUUCGAUAACCCUAAGUGAUUACUUUGGAAAUUAGACAGUUUUUUUUUAAAAUAUUCAUCAAAGUUAUUAGAUUAGAAUCUUGAGUAGUUACACUCAUUAAUUGUUGCUUUGAU